AUGGCUCCCCUCAUCCUGCACAAUGUCCCUGAUGAGGAGUGUUACGUCGGCGACGAUGGCAUUAAGCGGCCCUACGCCAUGUAUUUCAACCAGAAUGACGCACACACCGGUACCUCUAGAUCACGGCGCAGCGUUGCAGAAACCGGCUCGUUUGGGAAAUCCACCCGUCGGUCUCGAUCGCGAACAGGCACCCCAGCUCGAAGUCGCGAGAACCCGACUCUCGCUGCUGCAGACAAGCUUUUCGGCGAUUGGGUGUCCAACCAAGCCGCCGCCGCCGCACCGCCGUCCAACAACCAGCGUAAGAGCAGCGGUCUGAUGCAGGACGAUGCUCCUCCCCAGCGAGUCGUCAAGUCCACUCCAGUUGAGCUCAUUCUGCGCGGCUACCGUUCCUCAUUGCAGCAAUACGCGGCCGUCUCCCAUUACGAGGACCUCGCCGGCGCCAUUCUCGAAGACUACCCUCGAGAGCCGCCGGCUUCGCAAAGGCGAUACAAGUCUGAACUGCGGGACCCUGCCUUUACGCGCCGACGGAAGCUGAACCCGGACGAACGAGCCCUCGUCAACCGUGCCGAUGGCGGCGAACACUGGGUCAAGGUCACGUUCGAGAGCGUUGAGGCUGCCAACACAGCCAUCUGCGCCAGCCCGCAGCAGAUCCUCGGCUACCUCGUCUUUGCCGAGCCGUACAGAGGCAUGCCGCCUGCCAAGGACGAGGCAUGCCCCGAUGUCGAAAGCGUCAUGGACGACGAUUUUGAGCGUGCCCAGAGCCUGCCUGCCACUGUCGGCACGCCACGUCGGAAGAACACCAACAGCAACCUGCCUCCCAUGCUGCACAGCCGACUGCUUGACUUGUCGCCGUCAGAGUCAAAGUCGUCCAGCCAAACCCUCGACACAGCUACACUCACGCCGUCGCACACGUCCUCCGCCACCAUGCAGGAAGUGCCCGGCCUCAGCUCAGGUGCGGAACCCAUGGAGAUGCCACAACAAGACAGCAUCUUUUGCCGUCGCAUCCCCACUGCUCGUCGAGCUCGCCUCCUCCCCGCCGAGCACGCUCUCUUACCGCAGCAGUCUGUCAUGCAGCGCUUCGUCAAUGCCGUCCCCUUCAUCAAGUGGUUCAGCGGCAGCAUGAUUGGCAACGAGGUCCCUCGGACGGAAACAGGCGAGUUCGACUGGGGACGCGCCAGUCUGUACUGGAAGAUCAUCUGGUGGCUAGAUGCAACGUUUGGCCUGUUCAAGGGCGACGUCUACAGCGUCGACAACGACGACUAG